AUCCACAAACAAACCAGAGCCCUCAUCCAAACUUGAUAAGACUAGAACGCCAAAUCCCUCUCUCUCUCUCUCUCUCUCUCUCUCAUGGCUUCCCUCUCUGCUCCGACUCCAACUCCAACUCCAACUCCUCACAAGCUCACCUUCCCCAACCCCAAAUCCUACCCCUCCUCCGCCAAAUCCCCAUUCUACCCUUCCAGGUUCUCCGAUUCCUAUCUCUGCCGGUGCCGGAACCCCUCCUCUGACUCAGUCCAGUGGAGAUGGGACUCUGCCCUCCAGGACCUUGUCAGAACCGCCAUGAAGCGACUCGAUUCCUUCGUCAGUCCGAAUGCUGCCAAAGACGCGGCCGAGGAGGAGGAGGAGGAGGAGGAGCCCGACUGGGAUUGGGAUCGCUGGCGUCAGCAUUUCCUACAGGUCGAAGAACAGGAGCGCCUCGUCUCACUCCUCAAGACACAGUUGGGCCGCGCUGUGAAUAUGGAGGAUUUCGAGGAUGCUGCAAGGCUCAAGGUUGCCAUUGCUGCUGCUUCCACAAACGACGUCGUCGGCAGAGUCAUUUCUCAACUCAAUAGAGCUAUACGCGAAGAGCGUUACCAAGAAGCAGCAUUUUUCCGGGAUAAUGCCGGAGCUGGAUUAGUUGGUUGGUGGUCUGGCAUCUCAAAGGAUAAGAAAGAUCCUCACGGCCUAAUUAUACGAGUAACUGCAGAGCAUGGACGAUAUGUGGCCAGGAGUUAUAGUCCCCGGCAGCUUGCUACAGCUGCAGCUGGCGUUCCGCUGUUUGAGAUAUUUUUAACUGUGACUAAAAAUGGUGAAUACAAACAGCAGGCUGUGUACUUAAAGCGGGGAGGAGUAUUUCCAGAUUCUCCACAAGUUAACUCCACAGCAAUGGACACCUUAUAUCCUUUAGAUUCAACACUUGAAAAGAGUGAUCUAUCUCUUGAAGGUAGUGACGAUACUGAAGAUGGUGAUGAAAUGGAUGAUGAUUUGGAUCUUUCUGAGGGACUCUCUGGAUUUCAGAGCAUCUUAAGAGAUAUGAUUCCUAAUGUGAAGGUCAAGGUUUUGAAAGUGAUCUCACCGGGAAAGGUAGAUCGGGAUUUAAUAUCUAAAGUGAUUGAGCAGAUCAUUGAGGAAGAUGAUGAAGCUAAGGAUAAUGAAAUUGAGAAUUUAGAAACUGAAGACGAGGACGGAGACGAGGAAGAAGACGAGGACGAAGACGAGGAGAAGGUUGAAGGUGAUCAAGAGACAGAUGUGAUUGAACUGGAUGCUGAUCCUGCAAUUAUUCAAAAUGCAGGGAGACAAGAAAUUUCAGUUGAAGUUGUUUUCGGUGGUUUUGGGCAGAAAGUGUCUAACAUCCCACCUAGUAAAAAUUUGCUCCGAGUCCCUGCUAAAAUAGAGAAGAAGGGGCGUUUAUCAUUUUCCUUUACUGUUGAGAAAGAUAUUAAUCAACAGGAUUCUUGUGACAAGGAACAAAGUCCAGGAGAUAAAAAAGCUAAACUUGGAGGUCAACGUAGCAUCAACAAUGUUAUGUUUGAUCUAUCUAAGCUUAUUGGAAAAGAGAAGAUACCAUUGAAGGUACUCAAAGAUGUUGGUGAGUUGAUAAAUCUCGCUCUCAGUCAGGUUCAAAAUCAUCAACCAUUGUCAGGAUCCACUACUUUCAAUCGCAUUGAAAUGCCUGUUUCUCAAGAUCCAUUAAAUGGGCUAUACAUUGGCGCACAUGGGCUAUACACUUCAGAAGUUAUACACCUGAGAUGUAAGUUUGGCCAAUGGAAAGAAGGGAAUGAGACUAAGGAGACCUCAGACCUCAAGUUUUAUGAAUAUGUGGAAGCCUUGAAACUUACUGGGGAUCCUUAUGUGCCAGCUGGCCAGGUGGCAUUCCGUGCAAAGAUUGGGAAAAGAUAUCAGCUUCCUCAUAAAGGGAUCAUACCAGAAGAGUUUGGAGUGGUUGCUCGAUACAAAGGACAGGGGAGGCUUGCUGAGCCAGGGUUUCGUAAUCCUCGAUGGGUUGAUGGUGAACUUGUUAUUCUUGAUGGAAAGUACAUUAAAGGAGGACCUGUUGUUGGGUUUGUUUAUUGGGCGCCAGAGUCUCAUUUCUUGGUGUUUUUUAAUCGAUUGAGGCUUCAAGGCUAAGUUCAUUGUACAGCUUAAGGUUUCUGAUAUGUUUUUCUUCACAAUUUUGUAGGUUUAGAUAUGGAUUACAUCUCCAAAGGACUACAUAUCCAAUGCUUAUUCUACUGACCGCACAUGCAAGCAUGCCGACUCAAAAACGGUUACUGAAAGCUUUGAACUGCAAUAGAGUAGCUGAUGUCUUUCUUUGAUCCUGUUUCUGGAAAAUCAUUUUCUGUCAAUAUGUGUCUAACAUCCAUUGCACUAUCAGUGUUUUCUCUUAAUUAAGAUACACGCAAGUAAUGCUUCUCUGCAGUCUUUCUUCUAGCCUUGCUGUAGUAGUUGAUAUUUAGAGAUGCUAUUAGGACUUGAUAAACAGUUAAUCAUAUACGUGAUGGUCUCAUUCCUGUAUAUAUUAGGGUGGCGUAUAUAAUGUAAAUUAUUAGAAACCAAAGCGUUUUUGGUUUAUUACUUUUGACGUUAUUCCGCUACAUUCUUUCUAAUAGGAUGUCUGCCUUUCUGUUCCUAUAUAUGAUUGCAAAUUU